UGAGUGGAGAGGAGGGCGGCACGGGAGAAUCACAACAGAGACUCGGCGGCCGAUGACAGCUUCGCUUUUUAUUUUCUGUUGUUUCCCACAGCAACGAGGAACAUGUCGCGGAAAGCCAAAGAGGAAUAUCACCGGUUCUUCUCCGUUACCGAGCCACGGCCACACGAGAAGGGACACACCGAGUACAAAGUGUCAGCGCGGUUUGUGUCCAAGCGCCAUCCCGAAGAUGUGAAGGAGGUGGUCGUGUGGAGGAGGUUCUCGGAGCUGAAGAAGCUUCACGGGGAGUUGGCCUAUACGCACAGGAAUCUGUUCAGAAGACAGGAGGAGUUCCCGUCGUUUCCUCGUGCACAAAUGUUCGGAAGGUUUGAGGACGCUGUGAUUGAAGAGAGAAGAAAGGCAGCAGAGGCCAUGUUCCUGUUCACGACCACUAUACCCGCUCUCUACAACAGCCCACAGCUAAAGGACUUCUUCAGAGGCGGCGAGGUCAUUAGACCUCUCGAUCCAACCCCUCUGUCCUCCGCUGGGCCUCUGCCUCCCCCUCUCAUCCCCCUCCCCAAACGGAGGGCCUCAGACUGUGAGCCCGCAGAGGAGGAGGAGGGGAGGGAGGCUCCCACUUUACCCCAGGACCUGGGAACCAACCUGGGUUUAGAAGUGGGAGAACCAGAGGUGGCGGCCGAGGCUUACAGCGAGAUGGGAGGCUCUCCGAGAGAAGAGGAGCGAGAGGAGCAAGAGGAGCAAGAGGAGCUCAGCGACACAGAGCUGGAUAACAGAGCGCCAUCUCCUGACCAAGCCAGAAACCCCAAAUCACAAGACUCCAUAGAAGAGUUUGAUUCACUGUUCGACUCAGUGGCAGAAGAGCGGGUUCCAUCCCCAAAGGAAGAAGAUCAAGCUCCGCUGUCUGACAACGACUUGGCCGUCUUUGAUCCCUGCUAUAAACAAGAUAGAUCUGGUUCCUCCUGUGACCACUCAGAAUUGUUCUCACUGCCGCCGACCAGUCUACAAGGAGGCGACGUGGGUUACCUGAACCAAGCGGCCACUCAGCUGACAUCUGCCAUGGAGCGGGAGAAGGAGGGAGAGUUCAGCGCUGCUAUUUGCGGAUACCGGACGGCCGUGGAUAUAUUGAUCACAGGAGUUCAGGGAGACCCAGAUCCAGUGCGCAAGGAGUCUGUGAUGAGAAGGACCGCCCAGUAUCUGAAACACGCCGAGAUGUUGGUCGACAGGCACUCCUCACCCACACACACUCUCACGUCUACACACACACAUGCACAGGGCCCAUAGAUGUAUAUUUAUAUACACUGCUCCUACAAUGAAGGCGAAUCACAGAUAAAGCUCAGGGUUGUGACACACAUACGGAGACAGUAUGUAGACUCACAUACACACAGUGAGAUCACCUGGACCACAAACGCCAGCUCGUUCAGAUACAAAACUACAGCACACACUCCUGAAGUACACACUACACUGCAGAGUGUUUCUUUAGCUGCUUUUGUUAAGUGAAAAAAAUCUGUCAUUUACUAAAUCUAAAGAGCUGGAAACUGAAAUUGAUUGUAAACUUCAUGGAUUCAUCGAUAAUAAUCCUUCAUCUCUCUCUCUCUUUCUUUUGUUAAAUUCUUACCUUCCUUUCACAAUGUCCUCUUGUUGAAUACAGUAAUGUGUCUUUCAUUUGCAUUUUGCACAAAAAUGUUUUGUUAAUAAAUAUGAUUUCAAUUUAA